UGGGUGGGUAGGACGCUAACGUGCAGUAUGGCGGACGAUGGGGACGGCAGGAGCGGAGUAGCUGACACAAGUGGCGGGCAGGGGACAACAACAGAGGAGUUGGAUCCAGGACCCGGUCUCGGCGGCAUGCUUCUCAACCUCGCUUUGUUAAUUUUGUUUCUGGCCGCUUGUUAUGGUGUUUACCGACGGUGGUUCAGGAGGUCAGGCGCUAACGCGGGCCGGGGAGAUGAGGCCUCGGCUUUGCCCAAGAUGGGCCGGCGGGACUUCACUCUGGAGCAGCUGCGGGAGUACGACGGCGUCCAGAACCCGCGCAUUCUCAUGGCCGUCAACAUGAAAGUCUUCGACGUGACGAGCGGCAGAAAGUUUUAUGGCCGCGAGGGGCCAUAUGGGAUCUUUGCGGGUCGGGAUGCCUCUCGUGGUUUGGCUACGUUUUGUCUGGAGAAAGAUGCACUACGGGACGAAUAUGAUGAUCUGUCAGAUCUCAAUGCUGUUCAGAUGGAGAGCGUCAGAGAAUGGGAGAUGCAGUUUAUGGAAAAAUACGACUACGUUGGUCGCCUGUUGAAGCCCGGUGACGAACCAUCGGAAUACACAGACGAGGAGGACAUAAAGGACCAUCUGAAACACGACUGAUGUGACCAAAGCCUGAGACUCAGACUGCUAGCGUCCAGCCAAUUUGCCCCUUGUAGCCCAAACAUCACUCUUUAGCCCAACAACUCUAAACUAUUGGACAGCUACUAGUCUGUUGGAGUAGAUUCCACAGAUUAUGCACCUCCUCUCCAAUAUUACAUCCCCAGGCAGGAGUGUCUGUACGCCGACAGCAGAAAGUGUUCAGCAACAACAGUGCUACAAAAUGGAUGGCUCAGAUAUAGGUCUGUUUGGCGACUUCCUGAUUGGAGCAUUAAAUCUAAACCAUACUUGCCUCAAGGUGUCCCUUUGUACCUGCUCCAUCCUCCUGUGGUUGUUCAUCCUUUCCUCCAUUCAUCUCAUGCUCUGUGUGUAUUUUUGUUUUUUCCCAGCUCCAGCACACCUGCUUCAACUCGUCAGCCAAAUAUUAAGCCCUUCUUGAGCUGAGUAAGGUGUGUUUAAGAAGGGAAAAUCAAAAACAUUUGAAUUUCCGAGGAUUAGGAUUGAGAACCACCACCUUUUUGCUCUUUACUUCUUUUCUAAAUGUCUCUGUCUGCCUCUGUGCGCCAUCACAGUCCACCCAAAUCUACUGUACUGGAAAAAGGUAUUAGUUACCCCUUCACUCCCCCUGCCCCCACCCUUUUCCUGCUUCACUGCAGCCACGGGCCUUGGCUUGGUCUCCUGUUCACCUCUAUACACUUGCUCCAUAAGCUCUAAGCACGUAACCCUGUAUGUUUAAGCAGUCCUGGGUCUUUUAAAAAAAUCCUGCACAUGUAUGUGUAUGUGUGUGUGUUUGUGUGUGUGCGCACAUGCGCGUGUGUCUUGGUGAUGGACCGGAAAUGUGAAAGAAUGUUAAAAUGUAUGAAACAAUGAAAUCCCACAUUUUAAUUCAAUUCUGUUGAUGAGUAGCCUUACGCUAAUGGAACUGUCCGAGAGAGAGGGGGGUGAAAUGGCACGAUCCAAAACUGGAUCACAGCUGCACUUUUUUUUCUUUUUUUUUCUUUUUUUCUUUUUCCUCUUAACUUCAUUUUAAAAUAAAUUGCAAAUUGAGGCAUCAUCCAAUUCGAAGGUCAGAUGUUAAUACCGUUAACCAAUCCGAAAGUUGUGGGUGUGUUCUUUUUCAGCAUUUCAGAUUUCCCCCUUCCUUUUUUGGGUAUGGUAUGCACUUUUGGUGCCACGGCUUAAUCACAGUGUGAUUGUACGCAUCGGGUUCAGGUGGAUGAUGAGGGAAAUAUUGGGAGUAGAGGGCUCUUGCCAGAAUUAUUUUAUAUAUAUAUAUAUAUAUAUAUAUAUAUAUAUAUAUAUAUAUAUAUAUAUAUAUAUAUAUAUAUAUAUAUAUAUAUAUAUAUUAGUUUUCAAUGCAAAGGGAAAAUCAGCUUUUGGUCACUUAAAAUCCUUAAAAUAUCAGUUUAGCAGUGAGUCCCUUUCAACUCCUUAACAGAAACAAUGUGAGUAGGAAUUGUGCCUUAUUUGUCUUUUUGUUGUUGUUUUUUUUCAUCAAAAACAAUUUGCGGCAAAAAGAAGUGGAAGGCGAGGAAAACAUGACUACAUAAAUAUCUGCCCUUUCUCACAUUGUUCUAUUGAUGGUGUUAAAAUACACUCUUACUAUAUGCCCUUUUUAACUAAAACAAUGAAAAGGCAUGUUUCAGGCUCAAGAUCUUUCCCCAUCUCAUUGCCACCUUGUACAUAGACUUUGCGAAGUAUUCAGUGUUACUGCCAUGUUGCUGUAGUUAAUGGGGCUCUAUGUACUACUGUGUUGUAUUGGCCAUGAAUCUGUUCCAUCAUUCGCUCUCUCUUUAUUUUUUCUGCUGAUGUUCAUUUUAAGUGUGGAAGAAACAGUGUAAGAUCUUUUUUUGGAGACUAGGCAUGGGUGCUAAGAAUUAAACACUUUUUUUAUUAUUAUUUGAUUUAUUUCUUUUGGGGGGGAGGGGGGUAAGGGUGGGAGGUAAAAAGAAAACAAGUGGUGGAUACUGUAAAUAUGUGUAUCAUUUUAUUGAAGCAUGUUCGGCAUAACUAUGAGCUAAUGCUGGUUUCUCCCCACGUCACGUAUUUAAUUGUUGGGACUCUGUGUGUGAGUGAGCGAGAGGAAGAGCUGUGUCGAUGCAUAAACAAAUAAACAGAUUUGGAUAAUAAAACCACUGUUGUCUCAUGUUCA